AUGAAUCCAUCUACUUCCCGAGCCGCGGUCCGCUCAAUGGCCACACUGGCACAUGCUUCCAAAGCUGCAAACCCCGCAGCGCGCAACGCUUUGUCAACCACUGCUCGCUCGAUCUCUUUUACUCGCACUUUGAGCUCUGGUCGUCAGUUCAGCCAGUUCCCCCGUCUUCAACUUUUUAGCAACAACAAGAGAGCUUUCAGCACCACCAAGAUGUCUGCUGGUACCCGUACUGAGAGCGAUGCCUUUGGCGAAAUCCAGGUCCCUUCGGACAAGUACUGGGGUGCUCAAACCCAGCGCUCCCUGGGUAACUUCGACAUCAACCAGCCCCAGGAUCGCAUGCCCGAACCCGUUGUCAAGGCUUUCGGUAUCCUGAAGGGUGCUGCAGCAGCAGUCAACGUCAAGUUCGGCCUCGACCCCAAGGUUGGUGCGGCCAUUCAGCAGGCUGCUGCCGAGGUCGCCGAGGGUAAGCUGCUUGACCACUUCCCUCUAGUCGUCUGGCAGACCGGCUCUGGCACCCAGUCCAACAUGAACUCUAACGAGGUCAUUUCCAACCGCGCAAUUGAGAUAUUGGGCGGUACCAUGGGCACCAAAAAGCCCGUUCAUCCCAAUGACCACGUCAAUAUGUCCGCCUCCUCCAACGACUCCUUCCCCACCGUUAUGCACAUCGCCGCCGUUGUGGAACUCGAGAACACCCUGUUGCCCUCGCUCAAGAGCUUGCGUGACGGUCUUCAGCAGAAGGUUGAGAAGUUUGAGCACAUCAUCAAGAUCGGCCGUACCCACUUGCAAGAUGCUACUCCCCUCACUCUGGGCCAGGAGUUCUCCGGCUACGUCGCCCAGUUGGACCGCAACAUCGAGCGUGUUGAGGCCACUCUUCCCCACCUGCGCUUCCUCGCUCAGGGUGGUACCGCUGUUGGCACCGGUCUGAACACCUUCAAGGGUUUCGACGAGGCUAUCGCCGCCGAGAUUUCCAAGAUAACCGGCACUGAGUUCAAGACCGCCCCCAACAAGUUUGAGGUUCUGGCUGCCCACGACUCUAUUGUUGAGGCUUCUGGCUCCCUGAACACCCUGGCCGCUUCCUUGUUCAAGAUUGCCCAGGAUGUGCGCUACCUCGGCUCCGGUCCCCGCUGUGGUCUGGGCGAGUUGAACCUCCCCGAGAACGAGCCCGGUUCAUCCAUCAUGCCAGGCAAGGUCAACCCCACUCAGUGCGAGGCCUUGACCAUGGUAUGCUCCCAGGUUAUGGGCAAUCACGUCGCAGCGACCAUCGGUGGCAUGAACGGCCAGUUCGAACUGAACGUGUUCAAGCCUCUCAUGAUCCGUAACCUGCUCCACAGCGUCCGCAUUCUCGCUGACGGCAUGGACAGCUUCCGUGUCCACCUCGUUGAGGGUCUGGAGGCCAACGAGACCCGCAUCAACUCCCUUUUGCACGAGAGUCUGAUGCUCGUUACCUGCCUGAACCCCGUCAUUGGUUAUGACAUGGCCUCCAAGGUUGCCAAGAACGCCCACAAGAAGGGUCUUACUCUUAAGCAGAGUGCUAUGGAGCUCAAGGCUCUGAGCGAGGAGGACUUUGACAAGCACGUCCGCCCUGAGCUCAUGCUCGCUCCCAAGGAGUACAAAUAA